AGGAGGCAAGUCUCUGUUGAGGUUUCGUAAUGUACAGAUCGAUUCGUUGUCACGCUAUUGUGAGAAGAAUAUUUUACGGGAAGAAGCCAUAUUCCUCGCCGCUAUGCACUGCAACAGAUCCAAACAAUCUCAGAAAAAAGGAGGAGACGAAAAGGACAGACUUGCAGGAAAGAGUACUUCAUUGGGAUGAAAACCUACCAAUCCCCGACCCUCCCUCCCUGAAAUGCCUUGUGGACUUUCUUGUACGAAGAAGAACAUUGUCUUGUACGACAAAGAUGAAACUUGGUUUUCACAGACUUGUUGUCCAAACUGCAAGCGGUAUCUUAGGACUCAAAGGUGCCCACAAGAGGAUGUGUGAGUUACAUUCACAAGACCCCAUAAACAACUGCUGGUAUGCACCUGCAAAUCACGGAGACACUUUUGGUAUCCGCCAUGACGAAGUGUAUUUCCACCAAGACAUUAUCCCAUCCCAACCUGUGACGUCAUAUGGCGUCUUGAUCCGUGGGAGCCCAAGGCAUGCUGGGACAUCAGUGGAGGGCGGCAUUGCAGAAAAUGAAACCCCUCUAGCAGAUAAUGGUACAGUUUCAUCAGAGGCCCGAGAAGAAGCUAUGGUUAGCCGCGCUGCUUCGCUUAUAGAUGGACUUAUGAAGGCCAGAGAUUUUUACAACAGUGUUGAGUUUGAUCAAGAUACCAUCAAGGGAUCACCGCUCUCAAUGCAAUGGUACAACUAUAUUUUUUCUUGCUCGAUGCAGUUUCGUCCAGGAUCUAUUGAACGUUACAAAGCCCCUGAAGAAAAUUCGAAGCACAUUAUUGUGAUGGUACAAGGACAUAUGUAUAAACUGGACUUGAUUCGCACCAACGAGCAUGGAAAAGAAAGAAGGCUCACUGGUAAACAGCUGAGGAAACAAAUACGACUCAUACUGAAAAUGGAUGCUACAAGAGACUUACCGUCAACACCAAUGGCUGUAAUCACAAGCUUGACUCCCUCUGAACGUUGUCAAGAGGAACAGCGCCUCAAGUGCCUCAGUCAAAGAAACGCAACAAAUCUUGCACUCAUUCGCGAUGCUCUCUUCACUGUGGCGCUCGACCCUGACGACUUUCCACGAAGCGCCAACGAAGCAAUGUUCGCGCUUUACUCGGGAAAUUUCGUUAAUCGUUGGUACGACAAGAGUGUUCAGCUGGUUGUGUUUGGCAAUGGAGUUGCAGGAUUCGUUAAUAACUAUAUAGCGGGAAUGACAGGGACAGUUGGGACAAACUUUGUGCGGAUUGCAGUUGGGAGUGAAAGUCUUUUUGAAGAGGAAACCACCACCGAUGACGCUGACGAUUCGACCUAUCCAGGCUCAUAUCCAAUCACCUGGGACGACACAACAGACGAGUACUUCCGACGGAGUAUCGAUUAUAAGAUUCAAACCAGUCGGGAAUCAGGGCCCUUUAAGCCUUUCUCCACCGACGUCUUCCAGAUUUGUCGUGGUUUUAGUUUUGAAGAGAUGUGUAAAGGCCAUGGAGCUACGCCUGGUGGUGUGUUUCAAGCUGGCAUGCAGCUUGCCCUGGGCAUGAUCGCUGGAAGACCCAUGAGUGUAAAUGAAGUAGUUAGUAUCAGGAAUUUGCGAUUCGGUGGGAUGACUUUCAUGGACAGCAGUAUGGCGGACAUGAAGCAGUUCGUCCAACAAGCCUGUAAACUUAGGAGCAGCGGUAAUCAAACCCUAAUUAGAGAAGAACACUUACGACUGAAAACUUUGCUAAAGAAGGCAUUACGAAGCUACAAAGACGAGGUCAUGCGUUACAAGAAAGGGGAAAUCAAUCUAUGGCAUCUUGAUUCCCUGUACAGAACUUUGGGGCUUUCCAAUCGUCUGCCAUUUAGAAAUGCUCCUAAACCUAAUAAAAGUUUGAAAGAAGUUAGUGUGGAGUAUCUGAGAGCACCUUGGCUUGAUAUUCUGCCUCCUCAGAUUGCGGAGAACGUCACUUCAAAUCCAUGUUGGUACCCCGAAAUCGAGGCGAUUGGAAGGCCUGGAGUCAAGUGUAUUUUGCCGCCAAAAUCAAUGGCGCUUCAUUAUAUGUUUGGGAGAAAAGCGAUUUCGAUCACUGUCAAUGCCAAUCCUCAGCAUCCAUGCUAUGGAAAGGAAGUGACUUUUGUGAAAGAGCUUGAGCAAUCGCUGGAGUUCGUUCAAGAUUUGUUAGAUUCUUGAAUAGUGACUCAAGACUGCUGGUUCUGAUCAUUAUAAUCAUUGUGAACACUGUGAACUGACCAAAUGCACGACAACCAGACUUGGAAAUGUAAACUAACUUUAUUCUACGUAAAACGAUCGAUUAGAACUACGAUCAACAAUUAAAAAAUAAACAAUUUCAUUGUUGAUUUUACGUUGUUUUAAAGAGUCAUAGUAUUUACUUUAUACUAUUGACACUUACUCUCUAGCAAAAACAAUACAUCGAUAGAUUAACAAUUCAAAGUAACGUGUUUACUAGCAUCCUCCGCAGGCUACUCCAUAUUUAUCAUACAGAAUGUUUUUGGGAUUCCUGUGUUAUAAUAUAUGGCAGAGCCACUGAGGAAGCCUGAGAGCCUAAGAAGAUGCUUAGCGAUCCGUGCUAAACUAAACUUGUCAAUCAUGCAUAUCUAGAAAAAAUCCCAAAACUUGAUCAUUAUAAGAGUGAAUAACUUGAGACCAAAGAGCAUUAUUUAUGUUCUUAUUCUUUCUUGCUUGAAAACAUCACUGUAAUAUUGUGCGGUUGCAUGAAGCUACCGGGAAAAUAUACAGUUUUAUCUCUCUUUAUGUAUGAUUACGAAUACGUUGGAAAACUUGACCAUGCAUUUAUAUACAUUGAAUCUGAAACUUUGCAUACCCAUUGACGAACAAUAAAGAGAACUUUAAUCGUUAAA